CUGCGAGAGCCUCAUGGCGGAGGAAGAGAGCGACCAGGAGGCCGAGCGCCUUGGGGAAGAGCUCGAGGCGAUCGUGGAGUCCCCUCCGGGUUCCGUCGCGUUCGGAGCCGGGGCUGGGGGCGAUGGAGGAAGCAGCUGCGGCGUUGGAAGCAGCAGCAGCAGGAUCAGCAGCCGGGAUUACUGCCGCCGCUUCUGUCAGGUGGUUGAAGAUUAUGCUGGAAGAUGGCAGGUUCCUUUGCCACAGCUUCAAGUUCUUCAGACAGCACUUUGUUGUUUUACAACGGCCAGUGUAUCAUUCCCAACUGAAUGUGAGCACGUACAAUAUGUUUUGAGUAGCCUAGCUUUGAGUUUCUUUGAGUUGCUGCUGUUCUUUGGAAAAGAUGAAUUUUAUGAAGAGCCAUUAAAGGAUAUUCUUGGUUCAAUCCAGGAAUGUCAAAACCACCUCAGCAGAUAUAGAAAUGUGAAUCUGGAACUGGUAACUAGAAUUAUUAGAGAUGGCGGACCAUGGGAAGAUCCAGUGUUGCAAGCAGUUCUUAAGGCCAAGCCAACAUCUCAGGAUAUAGUUAACAAAUAUUUGAGCUCUGAAAACCCACUGUUCUUUGAACUGCGUGCCAGAUACCUUAUUGCUUGUGAACGUAUACCAGAGGCAAUGGCUCUUAUCAAAUGUUGCAUAAAUCACCCAGAUAUCAGUAAAGACUUGUACUUCCAUCAAGCGUUCUUCACAUGUCUAUAUAUGUCACCAUUAGAAGAUCAACUAUUUCAGGAGCAUAUAUUGAGAACUGAUUGUAAGAAUGGAAUUGAUAUCAUCUGUAACACCGAAAAAGAAGGCAAGACUACAUUAGCCUUGCAGCUCUGUGAAUCAUUCCUAAUUCCACAGCUCCAGAAUGGGGACAUGUAUUGUAUUUGGGACUUGAUUUUCAUAUGGAGUAAACUGCAACUUAAAUCUAAUCCUUCAAAGCAAGUUUUUGUAGACCAAUGCUACCAGCUUUUAAGGACAGCAACUAAUGUGAGAGUCAUUUUUCCUUUCAUGAAAAUAAUAAAAGAUGAGGUUGAAGUAGAAGGCUUACAAAUUUGUGUUGAAAUAUGUGGAUGUGCUCUACAACUGGACCUACAGGAUGAUCCAAACACUAAAUGUCUAAUUUAUAAAACAAUUGCUCAUUUUUUGCCAAAUGACUUGGAGAUUCUCAGGAUUUGUGCACUCUCAGUAUUUUUUCUUGAACGCUCCUUGGAAUCCUAUUAUACUGUUGAACGGCUCUAUAAACAUCCAGAUGAAGAGUACAAUGAAUGCACUAGUUCUGUCCAGAAUCGUGUUCGUUUUGAAUUGCUCCCAAUUUUGAAAAAGGGGUUGUUUUUUGAUCCUGAAUUUUGGAAUUUCAUAAUGAUUAAGCAAAAUUGUGCAGCAUUACUGAGGGAUAAAUUAGCAGUUGGAUUUUUAAAUGAAAAUACACUGGAAAAUGCUACCAGUAAUCCUGGAAAGAUGAUGGAAACACAGGUUUUAGACGAAGAGCUAGUCUUUCUUAUGGACCUAAGCAAUGGGGAAUAUGAUCCUGAAGAUAUCUCUGGAUCCCAGUCCAAAGGUCAUGGUAAUACCAAGAAAAACCUUACAACUUUUAAUGCUUCUAAGGUAGACCGUAAUGUUCCAAGGCAUAAAUGUGUAUUGUGUAACAGAGAAUUUCUAGGUGGUCACAUAGUACGGCAUGCACAGGCUCACCAGAAAAAGGGCAGCUUUUCAUGUGUAAUAUGUGGUAGAAAAUUUAGAAAUAGAGGUCUUAUGCUGAAGCAUUUAAAGAAUCAUGUUAAGAUACAAAGGCAGCACUUUGCUGUAGUUCAGGAAGAUCAGGGAAUUUCUACAACAGAACAAAUAAACUGCUCUAAUGCUUCUAUUUCAUUUGAAAAUGGAAAUUCAGAUAUUAAAGACAAUGAAGUAGAAACUCCUGUUGCAUAUAACAGUGAAAACAAGGAAGAAGAAACCUUUGAACAAAUGGCUGAAGUGACUAAAAAUAUUGUGUGUGAACCUCAUGAUGUCAUUAAAAAUGGCAGUUCUGAUAGUUCUCUAAAUAAUGCUCCAGAGCCUCUCACCACUGAAAGUUUACCCAGAUGUAUUGAUGAUGAUGAUUUAAAUCGAGAGACUCCAGUACUUCACAAAAUAAAUGGAACUGUUUGCCCUCAAAAAGAUCUGAAUAUUGUGGAUCAGCAAGAAAAUUUCAAGUGCCCUGCUAAUGGAUGUGUCAGAAUAUUUAAAAAAAUAAGAUUUCUGAAUAAACAUGCAAGGAAAGCUCAUCCAACUGAUUUGAAGGUACAACAACAUAUAAUGAAGUGGAACAAAGGAAAGUGCCGAUUUUGUCAGCGGAAAUUUGAGGAUUCUCAGCAUUUUAUAGAUCAUUUGAAGAGACAUAUAUAUCCAAAUGUGUACUUUUGUUUACAUUUUACCUGUAAUCAGAGAUUUAAGCUGUCAACCGAGCUUGCAGAGCAUACAAAAAGUCACAGUGUUUUUCAGGCUCAGUGUAAUUUUCCAGAAUGCCAUGAGCUUUUUGAAGAGCUUCCUCUGCUAUAUGAACACGAAGCUCAGCAUUAUUUAAAUCCAACACCAGAACCUUCUGCAGAAACAAGUAGAAAUGUUUUGGAUACUCUUACAGAACUUCAGUGUGAUAGUCAGGAAAAAGACUUAUCUGGUAGUGAAAAGGAAGCUGUUGAUCUGCCAGUUCCCACUUGGAAAUCAAGGAAAGAUUCUACAGAACCAAAGACAUAUAUACAAAGUGUUGAAAAGAAGACAAACAGUGUAGUUCAGAAUGGGAAUGACCAUACUUCUGAUGUCACUGCUUCAGCUAUAAGCUUCAUAGACCAAAAGAUGACUGUUGUAGAGCCAAAUUCUGAAAAAAGUAGUGUUAUUAGUGACCAACUGUUAGUCAAUGGACACAGUGAAUCAGAGCAGACAUCUUUGGUUUCAUCAGAUGUUGCCCUGAAAAUUGAGACAAGUGGAACAAGGACAGAAAAUGGUUCCAUUUCACAGAACGUUGAAGUAGUACCACAAGAACACAGUCCUCUAAUAGUAGUCUCUCAGUCACCUUCCAAACCAAAUCCACCAACUGAAAACACUUCAUAUGGUUUAAUUUUAACCAAGCCAUAUGUGAGACCGUUGCCUCCCAGUUAUCUUGAUGAACGGUACAUCAGUAUGCCAAAACGUAGAAAAACUCUGACUGAUAAAGUAGAUGCCCAUUCUGAUCAAGAUAGUGUUUAUAGCACAUCGUCAGAGAGAUUUAGAUGUGGCAACUGCUUGACCAUCUACUGUAACUCAGAAGCACUUGAGGCUCACCUUGCACAAAAGAAAUGUCAGACGCUGUUUGGAUUCGACUCAGAUGAUGAAAGUGCCUGAUAAAAUGUUAUUGAAAAAUUUUUAUCAAGGAGUGGUGUGAAAAAAAGCACUACAAAAAAUGCAUCAUCAAUUUGCUCUUUCCCAGUUGGCCUUAAUCAUAGAGUGGUCUCAGAUUACUAAAGAACAAUAUAAAGAAAAAGCACAUUUUCUAGAAUGAACUCACAAAGGAGAUGUGCCAGUUUUGACUCCCGAAGGGUUACUAUAAAGAUCCCAAAGUACCAGUUAUCCAGAAGACCACACACUAUAGGAGUGUAUGAUCAAAGCACAGCAGCACAUUCAGUUUAAUUUAUUAACACCUCAUGAAGAAGCAUUCAACCCAAGAAGAAAAGUAGCUGUGGCCUUAAAGAAAGGAAUAAUGUGAACCUGUAAAGAAACAAAAAUAAAACAUGAUUUUAAAGGAAUUCGAAAGCUAUUUUCCAAACAGUAUUUGUUUUCUUUUUAUGCAUGUACAAAUAAUGCCCUUCAUUUCUUGAUGAAACAUAAUAUGAAGACAUUAAUAGCAAAUUGUGAUUUGCUUGGAAAUAGAAACAUAAAAAAACCCACUUUGAUUUACUAUCAUGUUAGCCCUUAAAGUUUGUGGGGAAUGACUUUUUAAAAACUUGUUUCUACGAAGCAUAAAUGAAAGUAGGUAGAGAAAAUCUUGGUGAGGUGACAUAUCAGAAUUUAAAAAUGAAAUUCCAGGAAAUUAGGUCUAAAAUGUGUCCAGACUUUUGAUUUAAAACAAAAUAAAAUUUCUCCACUUUUGCAGUACAGGAUGAAGUUAAAUGACAAGUUAUCUUUUAAUAUAAUUUUAAUAUAAAAUUGCAAAAUUAACUUUUUAGGAUAUGAGAAUCAAAGGAAGGCUAACAAGAGAAUAAUGAAAUCUUGAAAACAAUGAAUUGAAGUUUCAAGUGUAUAUUUUGUGCAUUACACACACAUAUCUUGAAUUGUGUGAAUUGAAUUGAAUGGUGUCAAUUAUCUAAAUGAGGUCUUAUGAAGACGAAAGUUACCUUUAAAAAUAUAUUAAAUAGAAUUAGAGCAAGAAACCAUUUAUUUAAUGUUCCAAUACUAAUUAUAUAAUGAUAAAUUUGGCUUUCUAAAUAGAAAUAUUUUUUUAAUCACAUCCUAAAAUAAGAAUUUUAAACAGAAUUUUGGCUAUAAGAAUAUAGGUAUCAUUACAGUAAUGGCCAGUAAUUUUCCUAGAAGAGGUUUUAACCUUAACUGCCAAUAAACAACUAAAGCAAGACAAAGUUUUAAAAGAAAUAAUACUCUGAAAUAUUGUUUUCAUUUAAUGGAAGCUUGCAUACAUCCCUUUAAUUUUUCUUUAAAAUUUUUUUUAAUACUAGAACAUUGCAAUUUGUCCAGGCUUAGAAGUAUGUGAACAUGAACAUGAUCCCACUACUGUCUAUACAGGAGUUUUGACCUGUACCUGUUCACCUUUCCCUAGGCAACCUAAUGAUCCUUCUUCCCCAUCCUGAUUUCUAGGGGCUCAUAACACUGGUGCCAUACAAUGUGUAGACACCCAAAAUCCAUAGCUAACUGCAACUCAGAACUCCCAAGCUCAAGAGAUCUGUCAGCCUCAGUCUUCCCAGUAGGUGGGGUUGCAAGCCUACACCACUAUGCCCCACCACACUUAUCCUUUUAUAUAUUGUUACCUAAGCCAGAAACCAACCUACCCAAAAUACAUUAACCAAAAAAAAAAAAUCCUAAAUAAAAUUUCUCUUUAAAAAGCCUUGGUUUUUCAGGGUAGGUGGACACAUCUGACCCAGCUACAUAAAAUGUAGAGUAUCAAGUUCUUUGAUAAAGAACUUUGGACGUUUUUCUUUUAAGACUGAAACUAGACUUCACAGAAAUAGUGUUUCUGACUCAAGUAUUUAAGUGAUCCAGAAAAUAUUUCCUAAUUUUAGGUGCAAAAAUUAUUUCUUACACUUUCAAUGUCCGAUUGUUUUAUGUGACAGAAGAGCAUUACAAUCUAUAGAAAUUAAAUUUAGGGUUUUAUGGACAGCACUGGAAUUCACAUUUGCAUAGGGGUUAGGUUUAAUUAUAUGUAUCUUUGUUACAUAUCUUUGGCCACAUGUUGAUCUACAUUUUUUUUUGAAACUGUAGACUUAAGUAGCCUAAUACAUCGCCAUGUGCUCAUUGGGAACCUUUUUAUGUUUCUAUGAGUAUAAUCAUUUUUAAUACUUUUUGCUUAAAUACUUGGGCUCUAACGUGUUUGGAGAAAAAAAGAGAUGGAUAGUGGUGAGAAUAAAUACCAAGUUUAGCUGCUUUUUUUGCAGAGGGGUGGGGGGAGGGAAGGAAUAUUAGGAGAUUCUACUUGUUGGCAGACUGUGAUUUCCAGUUAGGAUGACCAAUUUGUGUGCAUUAAUAAACUAUAGAUUUUUUGUAGUGACUUACUUGAAAGUUAGAUGCUACAAAAUGCUUUCAGCUAUUUAUGAUUAUUUUCACCUGGUUUUUUGUUGUUGUUGUUUGUUUCCAAACUUUAUCUCAGACACUUUUUUUAAUCAUUCGUUUACUAUCAAGUUUCUAGUUUAACUUGUUUUUAGAAUUAGCCAAAAAAAAGCCUUCUAAUUAAGUACUAUUUCAAUUCACUUUGAAAAAAAAUUAUAGUUUAAUAAUAAAAUCUGCUUGGAAAUGGCAUCAUUUAUAUGUUAGCAAUUUUAUGUGGAUGUUGUUAAAUUUAAUUCAUACUUUUUCCCCCCAGAUCUAGUUACCAAGACUCAAAACUGUUAUCAGGUUUCUAACGUUUAAAAAAUUAUUUAAUAACUAUGUAACUCAUUUUGAAAUCAUGUCUGCUGUAUGUCAGUUUUCAGUUGAAAUUUGUUAUAUCUAGUUUAAAAUAAUUUUAACUAUUCCCAACCUGUUUGUUAUUUAGCUUCAGUUUGGAGAUUUAAUUUAUACUUUUGUUGCUAUAAGAGAAAAUUCAGAUUCUUAAAAGAUAUGAAGGUUUAAUUGGUAUAUAUAAAAAGUCAAAUGAGGGAGUUGUAUUAUAAUACAAUAGUUUUGUAAAACUUUCUGUCAACACAUUUCCUAUGUCCAACUUCUGUUAGGUAUAUGAGUUUUAAAAAAUCACCUGUUCAGAGUGUGCAGAGUAGUAUCAUGUACAUUUUUAUGAAAUAUAAAAUCACGUUACUAUUUUUAAAGUUCUGCGGAAGAAUUCCAAGGGUGCUGAUUUUUGUGGGGAAGAAGUGAGGCAGUUGGUUCCAUUUCUCUUUUCCUGUUGUGUUUUUUUUCCUAAUCCUGUUCUAAGGAUAUUCUUGUCUUAUUGGAUAGAAUUUUACCUUUUUUAGACCAUUGUUUAAAUUUAUUUUUCUUCUUGAAAAUGAAAAUUUGCUUCAGCGAGUAAACUUAUUACUUGAGGUUCUUUAAGAUUAAGCAAAUAGCAAAUAUGAAAUAUUGCUGCUCAAAUAUUAUGAAAUAUGUUGCAAGUGGGCAUGUGUGUGGGAAAGGACACUGGUACUUUGGGCAUUUAGCCAUAUUCAUUUUUAAAAGAACUACCAAUUGUAUAAAUUGAAUGGAUAAUUUAUAACAUUAAAAUUGUGGUUUUCAAAUCACAUUGAAGGUUCAGCUGUACUCAUUUAUUUUUAUUGGUUUAACACCAGUGGUAUGGAUGAAAACCCCAAAAGGGUAAUAGUGUGUAUUUCUUAAUUUAUUUGGUACUGUAUAACACCUUUUCUGAUUGACAAAAUGCAGUGUAUGCAUUUUGGAGCUCUGUUAAUUUGUAAAAGUUAUUACAGAUUCAGCAAGAAAGGAAAUUUGUGCUUCCUUGUUGAACGUUAAAUUAUUUUACUUUGCAUUUUAUAAGAGUACAAAUUAAAACUGAGCCAUCGAACUGCAAUAAAUCAACAGUAGUGUUUCAUUUAAGAAGUUUUUUUGUACUGUACAUAGAUUUGUUCAAUAAAACAUUGUCCUUGUUGUUAAUA